UCUCCUUCUCUUCCUCUUUUAACAGACGAAAUCUGCAGCCGAUAUUCAUUCGGCCGUAAGCUGGGGGAAGGGGGAUUUGGUGCCGUCUAUGAAGGCACUCGUUUGGCGGAUAACAAGCUGGUGGCGGUGAAGUUCAUCCAGAAGACAGAAGACAUGGAGUGCAUCAGCAUUCCUGAUCAUCCCGAACCCCUUCCCAAAGAAGUGGCUCUGACGAUCCUGGCCAGUAGCAAAGGUCCAGCGAUGGACAUCAUCAAGCUUCUGGACUGGCAGGACCAGGAGGACUUCUGCGUCAUGGUCCUCGAGCGUUUCUCCGACUGCAUAGAUGUGUUCGACUUCGUGGCACACAGCGGCGGCCGCAUCGAGGAGAAGAUCGCGCGGCACAUCAUGUGGUCGGCAACACUAGCCGCUGAUGCGUGCUGUCGCCGCGGAGUUUACCAUGGCGACAUCAAACUGGAGAACCUGCUGAUAAACGUCAGGAGCCGCGACGUCACACUCAUCGACUUUGGAUGCGGCGAACUCCUGACAGAAUCUCCCUACACGAGUUUCUCUGGCACAGAUUUGUACUGCCCUCCCGAGUACAGAAUGAAGGGCGAGUUUCACGGGAAGCCGGCGACGGUCUGGUCUCUGGGGAUCCUGUUGUUCAGAAUGGUGUGUGGACACUUUCCAGAUACUGCCGACUUGUACAGGACCAAUAUGAAGAUCUGGUACAAAUCCAGCUUGACAGAGGGUGAUUUGUUUGAUUAG